AUGGAUAACAACAUGGAAAUCGAUACGGCGCGGUCGCCGGAGCCCCACCACCUGUCGCCCACCACCGACUCGGGGUCUAUACCGACACUCGACGGGUGGAUUGAGAAUCUGAUGAACUGCAAGCAACUCGCAGAGGAAGAUGUGCGGCGGCUAUGUGACCGGGCGAGAGAGGUGUUGCAAGAUGAGUCGAACGUUCAGCCAGUCAAAUGCCCAGUGACCGUCUGCGGUGAUAUCCACGGCCAGUUCCAUGACCUAAUGGAGCUUUUCCGGAUCGGUGGUCCCAACCCCGACACGAACUACCUGUUCAUGGGUGACUAUGUCGACCGUGGAUACUACUCCGUAGAGACUGUCACACUCCUCGUCUGCCUCAAAAUCCGUUACCCCCAGCGUAUCACCAUCCUUCGUGGUAACCACGAGUCCCGCCAGAUCACCCAAGUCUAUGGUUUCUACGACGAGUGUCUGCGCAAGUACGGCAACGCCAACGUCUGGAAAUAUUUCACGGACCUUUUUGACUACCUUCCCCUCACCGCCCUCAUCGAGAACCAGAUCUUCUGCCUUCACGGCGGUCUGAGUCCCUCGAUCGACACUCUCGACAACAUUCGCUCCCUCGAUCGGAUCCAGGAAGUUCCGCACGAGGGCCCCAUGUGCGAUCUGUUGUGGAGUGACCCCGACGACCGAUGCGGCUGGGGUAUCUCCCCCCGUGGUGCUGGAUACACAUUCGGGCAAGAUAUCUCGGAAGCAUUUAAUCACAACAAUGGCUUGACUCUGGUGGCACGAGCCCAUCAGCUGGUAAUGGAGGGAUAUAAUUGGUCGCAGGAUCGCAACGUGGUUACCAUCUUCUCUGCCCCGAACUACUGCUACCGGUGCGGUAAUCAGGCUGCCAUUAUGGAGAUUGACGAGCAUCUGAAGUAUACAUUCUUACAAUUCGACCCCUGUCCCCGCGCGGGCGAACCCAUGGUCUCGAGACGCACACCCGAUUAUUUCCUGUGA